AUGGAGGAUCCAAAGAAAUUAGAGGAAGGAUUAGGACAUGAUACCAAACACCAGUCUAUAGAGCAAGAAGAAUCAAGAAACUUCGAUUCAGCCAGGAGUAUUUCCAUGUCCCAAAAUGAUUCCGCCAAGGCCGUUGUCGCGAAAGAUGGUCCUGAAGAGAAGAAGAUCAAAGAAAUACUGCCACAACAACCAGAGCAACAGGAGGCACAAACAGUGGUGACAAAGCCAAAAAGCAAGAGGAUUGCGACCUUGGAUGCUUUCAGAGGACUCACUGUAGUGUUAAUGAUACUAGUGGAUGAUGCUGGAGGAGCAUAUCCACGGAUUGAUCACUCCCCUUGGAAUGGAUGCACUUUGGCUGACUUUGUAAUGCCGUUUUUCCUCUUCAUUGUCGGUGUUGCCAUCGCCCUUGCUCUCAAGAGAGUACCAAAUGUGAAUGCUGCAGUUAAAAGAAUAAUCACCAGAACUCUGAAGCUUUUGUUCUGGGGAAUUCUACUUCAAGGUGGAUACUCUCAUGCACCUGAUGAACUUGUUUACGGUGUUGAUAUGAAGAAGAUACGCUGGUGCGGCAUUCUACAGAGAAUUGCGUUGGUAUACAUGAUUGUCGCCCUGAUUGAGACCUUCACCGUGAAGGUUAGGCCAGUCACGAUCGGCCCUGGUUUUUUCUCCAUUUUCUCGGCAUACAAGUGGCAAUGGCUUGGAGGCUUUAUUUCUUUUCUGAUUUAUAUGAUCACUGUAUUCUCCCUGUAUGUCCCUGACUGGAGCUUCGUCGUCAAACAGGACAAUAGUACCGAAAGAUACACAGUAAAAUGUGGGAUGAGGGGACAUUUUGGACCAGCUUGCAAUGCAGUUGGGUACGUGGAUAGACAAGUUUGGGGAAUCAAUCAUCUGUACAACCAACCAGUUUGGGCACGUUUGAAGGCUUGCACGGACAGUUCACCAGCUGCCGGUCCAUUCCGUGAAGAUGCACCGUCUUGGUGCCAUGGUCCUUUUGAACCCGAAGGCCUGUUAAGUUCCAUAUCGGCUAUUCUCUCUGGCACAAUUGGAAUUCAUUAUGGCCACGUCUUGAUUCAUUAUCAGGGUCAUGCCGAGAGGCUCAAGCAUUGGGUUUCAAUGGGAGUUGGAUUGAUCAUCCUAGCCUUUAUCCUUCACUUUACAGAUGCCAUUCCAAUGAAUAAGCAGCUCUACAGCUUCAGUUAUGUAUGCUUCACCGCUGGUGCUGGUGGAAUCGUGUUUUCUGGAUUCUACUUGCUGAUUGAUAUUUGGGGGAUUCGGAAGCCAUUCUUGUUCCUCGAAUGGAUAGGAAUGAACGCAAUGCUGGUGUUUGUAAUGGCAGCGCAAGGUAUAUUUGCAGCCUUCAUAAAUGGAUGGUGGUAUGAAAAUUCCGAUAACAACCUGGUGAACUGGAUCCAGAAGCACGUUUUCAACGACGUAUGGAAAUCAGAAAGAGUAGGAACAAUUUUGUAUGUGAUUUUCGCAGAGAUAGUGUUCUGGUCUGUGGUUGCUGGAGUUUGUCACAAGUUAAGGAUAUACUGGAAGCUUUAG